AUGGUGGCUGAUUUAUUACAUGGGUUGCGGAACAGAAAGCUCUGGUUUCCGUGUAAAUAUUUCACUUUAAAUGCGGCAACUAUCACUGUGAUAGCUAUUGCAAUAAAGCUGCCCAUGGAUCUAAAUAAUAUAAUGUACGGUAUUGUGGACCAGGAAGCAAAGCUUGGAAGCAUGAGCUUUAUGUUCACCAUAAUGGCUAAUUUAUUGCCUUCUCUAGCGACCAUGGAUAGCAAGGAACUUGUCUCAAACAUCAUAGCUUUAGGUGUUUUUGUAAUCACCUUGAUUGUCAAUGUUUCCAUUCAAAUACACACGGGAAUUCUCUUCUAUUUCGAAGAGAAUUCCAAUGUCGUUGUAAGCGUUGCUUAUAGAUACAGUAUAGGACCGGUCCUUAUGUGUGUUAUUUAUGCAUCCAUUUCCGUGGUCCCGUUACUCAUGUUGCUGAUAAUAUAUGUAUGUUCAUCUUUAGCAAUUGUAAAGUCGAAACAGAUUCUGGAAUCAAAAUAUCAAGCGGCUCAUGUAACAGCAUUGAGGGAUCAAGAACUGCAACAACCAGAAAGAUUAAAUGUUGAGAAAUUAAAGCAACAUGUGAGCAACUACUGGAUCAUGGCAGAAACCGGAAGCCCCCAAUUCAUGACUGCUUGUUCUACUACAACCUCCGCGUCUGGGGUAAUAUGUGCCUUAAGCACUGGCUUACAAAUUUUCGUUGUAAUUUUAAAUUUUAAAUUUUUAAGGGACUAUAGGUCGGAUUAUAAGUGGUCAACGCCAUUGAUUUUCAUAAUCCAAUUUAUCGGAGUGAUACUGGGUACGAUAGCCCCACUUGCCAGAUUUUUUGCAGCCUUACGCUUUAAGUUGUCAGCAAAAUGGAUUUGGAAACACCUCAAGGUAUAUAAAGUAGAGAGCUACUGGACUCGGAACUUAUAUGAUUGGAAACAUAGUAGCAUACCAUUCCCAUCCAAUGGACGCAAAUGCAAGGUUGUCAUCCAGCAUAUGAAAGUCCUAAUUCUCAGCAUCUGUAUAGGAUUUCAAAAGGCAUUUGUCGUAUCAUGCAAGAUGAUAUCAGUGAUUCCAAUUUUCUUUGUGAUAUGUGCUUUGUGUUGUCUCCGUUGUUGGAAGUGGCUAAAAGGCUUGUUUCAUGCCUCACAUGUUGAGUCAGUAGAAAAUCCCGAGGAAACGCAACUAGGAGAAGAUGAAGAUCUUAGCCAAUAUGUUUUGCAACUUGAAGAGGACAUGGAGUUUGCUGAGAGAACCUUGAAAGGCAUUUUAAAAUCUGUGAACCAUUUGAUCCGAAAGGCUGAAAAACAACAACCCAAAAAUCUGAUGAAGCUUCUUGCGGAAUCUAGAGGCUUUGAAGAAGUUGAAAAGUUUGACAGCCGUCAUGUUCUGUCUUUAGGUUCAGAAGAAUAUCGUAACUGUUGGAGCUUGUCAUUGGUAACUCUCACAACCAUCGCCAUGUCUCUUUCUAACAUCCAAAAGAAACUAGUGGAUUGCUUGUUGAUUCGUGGUGUGAGUGAAGGUCUUGUAUAUGUCAAACUUGUUGAAGAAAGCCUGAAUGCUACUGAUGACCAAGUAUGGAUUCAAAAGGCUGCUCAAACGUUGUGGGUAGAAGUUGAAGUCUACAACAAAUGGUUAGGAAACAAGCUACAAAACCCUGAUUCUCAACUGCAUACAGCAGGAAGGAUUCUUCAGUUGUUGAGGGAUAAAGCUAUGAGCAUGGUUAUGGAGGCGCAAGGUACUAGUAUUGGAGUUUCAAAUGAUAAUACCAAACGAAGGUCUAUUUCUGCCAACUCAAUGUAUCGUAUAACCGAAACAAUGUUGCUUUCUUACCACACCAACAUUGACGAGCUUAGCCAAGAGGAACUAUUUGUGCAGCUAUCAUUAAUGAUUUCUGAUAUAUUGGCUGCAUGUCUCACCAACUUACCCCAUGUCAUAUUAAUGAAAUGUCACACGAGUGUCGUAGAAAGAAGGGAGUCGAGUGUCCAUGCUGCAGCUCAGCUUCUCGGUGAGACUACACAGAUAAUCAACACCCUUCAAGAACGUGAACUUCCAAGUUUGAGUCCAGCCGACUUAGCAUCUAUUGACAAGUGGCGUGCUUACUUAAAAGAUCGCUACGCUUAA